ACCACUCGCUUCUAUCGUGUUCUAUUUUAGUCUUAUAGCUGAACCCAAGUAGCCCACUGCAGUUCCCUGUUUCGGUAUUGACUUCACCUCCGUUAGCGUGAUACACAUAAAUUUGAGGCAAGAAUAUGGGUCAUACAAGCAGCAAAGAGUCAUCUUUAGGCUGUCUCCAGGAGCACUAGUCUUCUCUUCGUUUUCAGUCAACUGUAACGAGUAUAGAACAUUCUGUACGUGCGUGUAUGCUUGUGUUCUCGCCCGCGGUGUCGAAAAUGUUAAAGAGCAAGAAACUCCUCAACAACGGCUUAUCGUGUUAUUCUUGAAAGUGUCAGUAAUACUGUUAACGUAAGGUAACAUUUUCCCUGUGGUUCAUCAAUUAGGCACUACGCCGUGAAAAUGGAUGGGAAACAGAACCUAUAGAUCAACGUAUUCUCGACCUUGGCACUAUUUGGAGGGAAUUGGCAAGGUUCACGCCUCGGCCCUUUACCUCCGAGGAAAGAGCCGCCGUUACCCAAUUGGCUAGGAGGCUGGGUGGACCUCGGAACCGAUCUGAACGAAAUAGUGGGGAGAAAAUUCCUGCCAAUACCGGGACCCGAACUCCGACCCUUCGGUCGUCCAGCCCGUAGCCAGUCGCUAUACCAACUGCACUGCUGACAUUCCAUUAACAAUCCACCUAAAUAUAAAUACAUCGUAUUAUAACAUCGCAACUAAAUAUUUUGAGUUACAGUUAAAACUUUUGUGUGUCCUAUUUAUGUGCCUGUGAAACAUACAGUUAACUCCUUAAAGUACAAUGGUAAUUACAUGUACCAUUUGCUUUAAUCUUAAAUGACAUAUCCACAUUUUUCCCCCACAGUGAGUUUAUGUAUUUCGUAGGAUUUUCGUAACAAGAAAUGUGUUAUGCCCUAAACAGCAUUAAUGGGUAGAUCUUUAUAUGGAGGAGCACUGUGUUUCCUGUGAGCAUAGUGAAUUUCAUGCUACAGUGACGGAACUAACUAAUAUUCACAUCUUCUGACUGGCAAAGAAUCAAGGGAGUCUUGCAUGUCGGACCCAGCAUUGAUGCCUCAUGUAAGUUGUAGUGCCGGUUCCAUCUCUCUCUCUCUCCCUUCAUGCUUCAAAGGUCAAUAAACUCCACAGAUGGUGAGGACCGUACAAAGAGUAAAGAGCUCUAUUCAUCGGUGACGGUAUAUCUUCGUGAAUGUAAAAGGCAGAGUCAGUGAUUCGCUUCGCUUCCCUUCAAGAUAUGAAUGAUAUGGAACUCUCAGACAACGAAUAUUGAAGCUCUUGAAGUCGUAAUUAUAUAUACGCCGUUCAGGAACGGGACAGUUUUUCAUACUGGAUGGGUUCCUCUUCAAGCAGGAUGUCGUCUUCUGACACGCGUACCAUUAAUCUCUUAUCGGUGAUGUUUCCAGUGAUCGAAAUAUGGAAAUAUGGAGAUGCCGGAUGGCGGGCGAAGUAACAACGCCCAGCUCCAAUGGGUCCGACAUCGGGGCGCCAGCGGACAAGGAGCUCACGUGGCAGAACCUCUGUCUGGCCAUCCUGCUCUGUAUUCUCAUAACAGUCACAGUGAUUAUUUUUUGCAGGUUGGUAACACCCUAAUCAUAGUAGCAGUGAUGACAACACGCAGACUUCGAACUGUGACGAAUUGCUUUGUCAUGUCGCUUGCUGUUGCUGAUUGGCUGGUCGGGAUUUCUGUAAUGCCUCCAGCAGUUGCUCUCCAAAUAAUGGGGUCAUGGGAGUUGGGCUGGGUGCUUUGCGACAUUUGGAUCUCACUGGACGUCCUGCUGUGCACAGCCUCCAUCUUGAGUCUGUGUGCUAUUAGUGUUGACCGGUAUCUUGCUGUGACACAGCCUCUCAACUACUCACGCAGAAGGCGCUCCAAGAGACUUGCUCUCCUAAUGAUACUCGCUGUAUGGCUCGCAGCCCUGGCAAUCACCUGUCCUCCUAUAUUUGGCUGGUAUGACCCAGAUCACCACAAAGACAAGACCUGUCGUUAUAACAACAACAGGGGCUAUGUUGUGUUUUCUGCAAUGGGCUCUUUCUUCAUCCCAUUGACUGUGAUGGUAUAUGUCUACACCCGAAUCUCCUGUGUGGUGGCUCAGCGACACAAUCAGCUGACUGCUCUAGACAAUAAUGACCAGAGGUCAAGCAGACUUGUGAAUAACCAUGAAGAGUCAGACAUGGAACGGGCAUCAUCAGAAUAUGAGGAAGGGAAUCAUCUGGCAGGAAGGUGCUCCAGUAUCACCAAUGCAGAUGGCACCCAGUUUACUUGUCAUCAGCAGCACAACCAUAAUCACCACUACCACCACCACCACACUCAACGACCUCUCCGUUCCCAUCACUACAGUUACUGUCCCUCCACCUGUGAUGAUGGGACAAUUCACCACCAGCCUAUCCCCACACAGCUCUCCAGACUGAGCUUCUACAGUCGUAACUCAUCGCGCCCAGAAUCCCUUGCACUGGAUGUGACAUCAGUGGACAUCCGCAUGCAGACCAUGUCCCUCCCUCUGCAACCAUCAAGCCGUGUCUCAUCCUUCAGGAGGGAGAGCAAGACGGCGCAGACUCUCUCCAUCGUGGUAGGCGGCUUCGUUGCAUGCUGGCUCCCGUUCUUCAUCAUAUAUCUACUUACGCCAUUCGUUCAAAUCCCGCCAAUACUCAUGUCAUUUCUCACAUGGCUGGGUUGGAUCAAUUCAGCCAUCAAUCCGUUCAUCUACGCAUUCUACAGUCCAGAUUUUCGAAUUGCAUUCUGGAGGUUGACAUUCCGGCACUGUUCCACCCCAAGAAGUCCCCCAGAUUUUUCGCUAAGGCACAAAUAAUUCUGCUUGUUGUCUGUACUGUCAUUUAAAUGCACUGUCAUGUGAAAACAUAACAUAUCGCACAAGUAAUUUAAGUUUCAAUUGUAGUAUAGUGCUAGUCAGAAACUUUUGGAUAUCCCACAAUACAUGCAUGAAGGGGCUGUGACAAAGCUCGGGCUCCAGAGGGUCCAGAUCUAUGAGAACAUUGACACAAAUGUUGAGGUUGUAUCAAGUAAUGAGAAAUAUUAACACACUGACAUUUGGGUGCCUGAACCAGCUGACAUCUUGCAGAUGUACAAACUAUUGCUUGUGUUCUUAACGCUUUGAAGUCUGAAUUCUGUCUAUAAAAUAUUUAAAGAUUCAGUUCCUGCUGCAUAGAUGGUUAUUUGAACUAUGCACCUCCCAUAUGCAAGUCAGAAACACUACUACCUCAGCCAAUUUCCAUCACCCCACCCUACUUUCACACUACUGAAGCAUAUGAUACAUAUAGUCAUCACAGUGCUUCAAAGGAUUAAUGUUAUAAAUUUCUGUAUUUUAUUGACAGGGUGUACUUAUGUGUCUUGUCUGAUUCUCAAUAAGCAGUGAUUUCUUUACUAAACAGCAUUAACUGAUUCGUAUUUGUAAUGGAGAUGCUCUUUGUUUGAUGUGAAGAAGGAACUGGAUUUUUAAAUGUUAUUUAAAUUAACUUAAAUUAACUUCUGGCUUCAAAGGAUUACAAUGCUUGUUAGAUAACCCAAAAUUCAGUCAUUCCAGUCCACUGUGCAUAAGUAGAAUGCUGAUUCAUCUGAGAAAUAACUUCUUGAAGCCUUUUUGAACAAUGUGGUAUAAAACAGUCAUAUAUUUGGGCAUGUGAAGUUGUUUGGGAUAUGUAAGACCAGUGGUUAAGAUACACACUGGUAUGUACUUGUUUUACAUCGAUCAAUGAGAAGUCAGGGAAAAAAGUGGCCUGAUUCUUGUAGAGAAAGUGUGAUAUUCAAUUCAAAGACUCUUGAAAAAAUAAGGGUACCUAAGCUGAAAUGCAUAUGUUGUACUUAGUAAGGCAAAACAGACUUAUAAUUUAAUAUAAAAUUGAAAUUCUUGGAGAAAAUCUUCCCAGUGCCUCGUUGUUCAACACAAAUCUAAGUAGGCUACCCUAAGGACUCUACAUCGAAAAAUCAGUGACUAGCCCUUAUGCUGAUAAGUACCAUGUAAUUUCAGGAUUACUGUGUUCUGUGAUGUGAAACUGUAGGCUUGUAGGUGGAUGUCAGUAUUUCAGGGACAUGCUGCCUUUAUUUUGAGGAUGGAACUGUGAACUGUGAGAAACUGAUUGGGUUGUAUAGACAUGUUGCAAAGAAAAUGGUCACUUAGCUCCAUGGGAAGGGGAAAGUUCUCAGAAUUUGGGUCCAGGUCAAUAGGCACUGAAAACAGAGAAAUUGCCCUUUUACAUACCUGCAUACAAAUACAUAAAUACCCUGAAGAUGGUCAUGGAUCGAGUUCUAUCUCCUCGCAGCUCCAGUGGGUCUGAGUGACCAUUUUCUUUGCGAGCUGCCCGUAUAAAUCAAGCAGUUCCUUACCAUACACAAUUUUACCAUGAAGAUGGAGGUAGCAUGUCCUUGUGAAAUUUUGUUAUCCACAUACAAGAUUACAUGAUGUUACAACCCAGAAGACUUUAAUCUGCCUCGUACUAUAUAGUAUCAUUUGAUAGAAGUGCAAGCAUGGUAAAAGUCUUCAUUGCACAGUAUAUGUAAUACUUUUGACAUUCCUGUAAAUAGUCAGGCUGCGGUCCUAAUUUAAUUGAAAGAAACAGUGUUUUAGUAUGACAUUCAAGAAACUUUAAGUGAAAUAUCGAGUCAUAUGAAGGUUUGUUUCGUUAAAGAAACAAGUGUUUUACAAACUGAUAUUUUAAAGACAAAAAUGUUAAUAUGCUUACUGGAUGGAAGCCAGUGCUCCCAUUGUGCCAUUUCCCUAGUCACAAGUUAAGUUUCCAAGAAGAGGAAAUUGUAUAGCUUUAUUUAUUAAAUGUAUAUAAUGUGAUUUUUCUUGAGGUAUGCACAAGUGUGACCAAGGAACACUAUACGAAUGAUAGGUGUUAAAUAAUAAUUUUAAAUUACAAGCAUCUAGGCGUUCCUGGCAUAUUUUCAUUGCCGUGUUUACUAUGGCCAAAUAUGAUAUUUUCAAUCUCUUCUGCCUUCCAACAUUUUCAUUCUCUUACCAGCUCUUUCCUCUCUUCUUUGUGUCUUCAAGUACCUGGCUUUGCAUUUUGUUCUGAAUGUUUCGUAGGCCUUGUUCACUUUACAUUAAUUUUAAAGCCCUUCUCAGCAUCCUAGCUCCAUUCAUUUCUUCCUACAUGACCAAGCCACUGUAAUUGUUUCUCUUCUAACUUUAGUAACACAAUUUUAGCUUCUGUUUCUUCUCUAACAUUACUUGGUUUCCAUAUUCUCAGAAUAUACUGGCUGUAUGAUACAGGAUGUAGAUGUAAUAUUCUGAUUCCUCAUCAUUAACUUUUUAGGGUUAGAUAAUGAAUACCUAUUCCUAUGAAGCCAAAGACGGUCUUGGUCCCGCCAUCAAAAUCUUCAUCAUCCCUUUUCUUAGUAAUGGAAUGCCAAUUAUGAAAAACAGUCCCUGAAUUACUCAGAUAAAAUUUUUGUGUGGUCUACUUGUAAGCAAACCUCAAUUGUUUCUUACAACUUAAAUCUUGUAAUAUUAACUUCAUGUGCUUGAAACUGAGAGACAGUAUUUAUUUUGUGAGUAUGAAUGAAUGUUCUGUCAUAUAUUUGUAUUGAAAUAUGUAACAUAUAAAUACUUUGAAAG